ACGGCCUACAACAACUUCACGAAGAACGUGUCGUCGCCGGACAAGCAGCUGGAGCUCAGCUCGCACCUGUCGCAGAUGCUGCGCAUCUCGCUGCGCAUGGUUAGCGGCGGCCAGCACCUGCAGUUCACCGCGCUCGUCACCAUCAACAAGAUCAUCGACAUCUGCAUCAUCCACCAGGUCGGUCACCUGAAGCGCGACCGCGGCGACGGGCCGCAGGAGGGCGCCGACGUCGACCGGAAGUGCGACACGCCCUCGGGAUCGAGUUCAAAGUGGUGGCGAGGACCGAGCCCCAGCACUGGCAACCGCAACCUGAGAAGCAGCUUCAAGCGCAAGGAGAAAGAACGAAGCCCUGUGAAGGAGGAUGUUCCCAAGCACUCGAUUGAUCCCUCUACAUUGUCCGAUGUCCUCUCUCCAUUUGAGAUCAUCUCAGACAUAGAUCCUGGUUUGGUGCUAACUAUCAUGCACAAUGCCAUCACGCUGCAUAAGCGAGUCGUCGGAACACGAAUGUACUGCACGCCUAGCCAGAGGUACGUACAUUGA